AUGAGUUUUAGUCAAACUUAUCAACAAACCGACGCGAAUUAUGAUAUUCCUCGUGAACUUGAAACGAAUCAACUAACACAAACUUUGCAAGCAGGAUCCGAAGAUACGAACGGUGAAAAACACUUACUAAAUACUAAUACUUCUUCUUCUACAAGUAUUGCUGACAUUAAUUCUUGCAGUCAUAAUAAUAAUAACAGUCAAAUUAUCAAGAUGAAUAUGAAUAUGGAUGUUCAACGUAAUAAUGCACUGAAUCCAAUUUUUAAUUUUUGGCGUAAUUCCACCCGACGUUCAGGGAAUUGGGGUAGUCGUACUGGCACUAAGAAGUCAUUUGUAUGGAAAUAUUUUUUCCAUCCAGAAUUACAAACGGGUACAAAAGAUUUAGCCCAUACACAAUGUAUUAUUUGUGAUAGUUUAUUGGCAUUCAAUAAUUCUGGAACAACAACAACAAUGUUGAAUCAUCUAAAAAGUCGACACAGUGAAAUUGUUCAACAAGAAUAUCAUCAGUCUAAAAAAACUCGUUGUGGUCCAUUGACGUUACGAGAAGUAAACAAAAUGAACAAAUUAAAUUAUAACCUGUUAAGUGAUGAGAAAAAAUUCAUUAAUUGGUCCACAUCAACACCAACAAUCACUACAGCUUCAACUGCAUCCACAAUAUAUAAGCGUAAUUUUCCUUUCUUGUCACCAAGGCGUGGUCAGCGUGGACGACCUCCUGGUGCAUGCAGAUACUCAGAUCAUUCUAUGACAGGCGAGAAAUUCAGUCGAAAUAUUGAUGAAAAUGUCAAUUCGAUGAAUAAAUUCGAGAGUUCGAUAAACAAUAAAGAUGUAUCCCUGAGUCAGUUUGCUGCACAAAUUGAAGCACGUGCAUCAAAUUCAUCAUUUGAAGUUAUGAAUGAAAAGGAUAUCAAAGAAGACCAGGUUAAUCCUAAUCAACGGUACAAUGAAUCAUCGUCUGUUACAAUGGAUGCUGAAGCUGUUGAUAAACACCUCAGUACCAAUGAAUUUCAACUCACAAAACCUAAAAUCGGCGAAUCUGCUGUGUAUUCACCUCACUGUUUAAUCAAUGCUUAUUCAUCAUCUAGCUGUUUUUAUCCUUCAUGCAAUGAGUUUCACCAUCGUCUGGCAUACUUCCUGAUACGUGAUUUCCACCCACCAUCAAUUCUCAAAGAAGAAGGCUUUAAAAUAUUAAUUUCUACUUUGUGGGAUAAAUUUCGGAAGACAAAUGUAAACGUCAAUUAUAAUCUGGAGUUCAACUUGUUGCCAUCGUCCGAUUUUAUGGAAAAUGAAAUUUUAACACGUCUCUAUCAAGAAAUGAAAUUUCGUGUUGAUAAUAAGAUUAGAAGUUUGAUCAAUUUACAAAAAUCAUCGAAUUUUUCAAUCAACAUACCAAAUAUCACAAUUUUCCUCAAAUUUUGGUCUUUAAAUCAACAUGAUAACAUCAUAUUUCAUGCAAACAAUCCAUCCUUUGAUUAUGUUGAUGUAGAAUUGCAUUUCUUUACAAACUAUAAUAAUGUUUAUGAAAAGACAAUAUUUUCUAUGGUACUUUUGAGUUAACUAAAACGCAAAUAAUCUACGAAAUUUUAAAACCAUUCUGUGACCUUAUCUGUUCCAGUUAUAAUUCAAAUAUAAUUCAUAUAUUAUCAGAAUGGCCUUUAAUUAUAUUAACAAACUCCUCAGAAUGUAUACUAACUAACCUAGAAGAAUCUUUCCCACUUCCCAGCUAUCUCAUUGUACCAUGCGUAGAUGCUCACAUGAACAACGCUUCACAGUCUGCAUUAUGCUUACCAUCAGUCAAACAAGUUUUAAGAAAUUACUAUGAUUUACGUCAAAAGUUCGAUGAAAGUGUACAAGAGACAAAAAAACCAACUUCCAAACUGAAUAUUAACAAUCAGCAAAAUGAAGAAACUAAUCAAACUAUGUAUCUGCCGAAUGUCUUAAAUUUAAUUAAAUGGACGCACUCUAACCUUCAUUUGCUACCUAAUUUCACUGAGUCAGAAUUGAAAUUAGCCAAUCAAAUCCAAAAACUAAUCGAGAUUGGACAAGAAACAGAAAGACUCUGUAGAGAGAAAUUAUCAUGUUUCACAGUUUCAAUGAUUCGACCGAUGUUGGAAAAUUUAUAUUCAAUGAAUACGGAGAAAAAGACUGAUGAUCUAGCUGACCAGUUUUGUGCUACCACGAUUAAUUAUCUGAAAACAAUUUAUAAUGAAAUGGUAUAUUGGAUGAGUAUCUUCUCAUUUCAACAUUUCUUGAUCCACGUUUCAAGUGUUCACUAAAUCGAAGUGAAUGUGAUACAGCUGUUAAUAUUCUGCAAAAUAAAGU